AAUUAUAUGACUUUGAAUGUAAAAUUCCUCUAUCCCAUGAACCUGUUAGGUAGCAUUAACAUGUCAAAUUAUGACCUAAUUACUUUCUAUCUUCCCCAAUUGCACAAAUGGCCUCCUUUCAAAUCUUCUUUAUCUCCACUUUCUUCUUCGUCCUUAACACAGCAUCAAGUGCCAAAAUAUGCAAAACAACAUAUUGCGAUGAUCUUAUCAGAUUUCCGUGGGUUAAAUUCCCUUUUCAACUCAAUACUACCUCUCAAAACAAACGCUGUGGCUAUCCGGGAUUCAAUCUUUCAUGCAACAGAAGCCAAACAAUUCUCACUCUCCCUCAUUCCGGGGACUUCGUUGUGCAAGGUAUCAGUUACUCAGAGCAAAUCGAUGAAUAUUGAAGACCCAGAUGGCUGUUUUCCCAGACGAUUCCUGACCCAAAACUUCACUCUUUCCGGCUCUCCUUUCCAGCUAUCAGAGACUUCAAAGAAUUACACCUUCUACAACUGCUCCAAGGAGAAGAGUUAUGAGUAUGCAGCACCGGUUUCUUGCCUUAGCGGCGACAACUUUACAGUCUUGGUGACUUUUAACCCUGAAUCGGAGCUACAGCAGCAGUGUCAGGAAAUAAUGUAUGCACCAAUUGACGAGGUUGAAUUGAGUUGGUUCGAGCCAGGUUGCGGAGUUUGUGUACGGGGUAGUCAAGAAUGUGCGCUCAUGAGUGAUGAUAGUCUGGAAGUUGGAUGCUUUGAUGUGGCCACUGCUACUCCAAGCAACGGUAUUCUAAGGAGUGUCAAGUAUGGCUUAACCAUAGGCAUAGGAAUACCUGGACUAUUGUGCUUCAUUGGGCUCACAUGUUGCCUAUGUAAUCGAGUUAGGCUUAACAGCCAGAGCCCUAAUACACAACUUUCUACCUCAACUGUUCCGCAGCAAGCUGCCUUUGUAAUGGGUCUCGAUGGGCGCAUAAUAGAAUCAUACCCAAAGACUUUUCUUGGUGAGAGUCGAGAAUUACCCAACCCUAACGACAACACUUGUUCGAGUGUAAUCAUUAUUUUCAUGCUAAUUGCAUAGAUGAAUGGCUAAAAAUUAAUGCGACAUGUCCUAUUUGUCGGAAUUCACCCAAUUAGUUUACUCU